UGAACAUAAUAUAUAUCCCCAAAAGAAAAUUUGUAGACAGAAAUUCAAACAAGUUAGCAAUUUUUGCUGAAAAUGUAUGUAACAAGGCCUCUUUCUUACUACCUAAAGAAUCCAGAUGCACUUUCAUUACCUCCUGAAGGUCCAAAUUCAGGUUACUUAGUGAUUCAAGAUGAAGAAUCUGAAACUUAUUGCUGUUUUGGACUUUGCAAAAAUUAUGAUAUCUUAGACUUCCCUUUCCCUCAGAACAAGAAGCUGUCCGUUCGAUACGAAUCGGUUACUGGUGAUACCAUGAUAGUUAGCAGCGACGAUGUAAUGUUCAUUCCAGUUCUUAAUAAGCCAUUGUCUUCCAAUCAAUAUUAUGCUAUCAAGCCUCAUGGAAAACACAAGGGACAAGCAUUUACAUGUUCAACGGAGGAAGACAAGCAAACCUGUUGUUUCUGCAGAUGCAUACGAGACGUUAAACCGAAGCCAUUAGAUCCAGAGGAGGCAUAUCAGCAGUUUGAGAUAUGUCUAUAUGAUACAGGUUGCAAUGCCAAAGGUAACUUUUUUGCUAAGUCUCUUGCACCAGAUGGUUUUCCACCGUACUUUCUGAGGCGAAAAGGCUGGCAUCUUCUUGCUGAAACUCCUAAAAAUUUUGAACUAAAUGAUGAUGCUGUAGGCCUCAAUGUUGAGUUGAGGCAACAACUUCCAGAGUUCAAUUUCACAUCAUCUUUUAAGAGUUCCGAAGUCGUCGUUGUGGGGAAAUGGUAUUGUCCUUUCGUAUUUAUCAAAGAUGGAACAGUACUUAAAGAACAGAUGAAGAGAUCGAUGUUCUACGAAAUGACGCUUGAGCAGAGAUGGGAGCAGUUUUUUACUUGUCAAAAUGACAACAUUAAUGAAGGGAACUCAGUACUUGUGGAUGUUGCUCUUGACACAGAAGUUGUCCUGAUUGCCGGAACUACUAAAGCAACAUGGGAUGAUAAAAAUAUCAUUGAAGGCGUAAUAUGGUUUAGAAACUACGAUAAAGAUGGAAAUGAAGUAACAAGUUUGGGAUUAAGACGAGAAAUAGUUCAAAGAAUGAAAUGGGAGCAAGAAAGAGCUGGAUGGCAAAAUCAAGGGAGGAUAAAAAAAGUAGAACAAUACAAAGAAAUUAGUACUAAAUGGAAAAGAUUCAGUUGCUAUGUUUUGGUUGAGAGGUUUGUAUUGAGAAGAAUGGAUAGAAGCUUGGUGAUGACUUAUGAUUUCAAGCACAUUGACAAGGUUAAGAGCAUAUGGGAGUGAUGUUCAGUAGCAUAUGCAAAAACAA